GAUACCGGACUAUGCUAUUUUGCCUGAAAAUAAGUUGAAGUACAUCAAAACCUGAAUUUGAAUGUUUGUUGGUGAUCUCUCUGGUUUGAUUCUGAGUUUUCGGUUUGGUUACAUUAUCACAGUAGAAAAUGGCAAUCGAGGAUCUGAGAUGCUUCGAGUUGAACACUGGCGCUAAGAUUCCUUCUGUUGGUUUAGGCACUUGGCUUGCUGCUCCUGGCGUUGUUUACGAUGCUAUUUCCACCGCUGUCAAUGUUGGAUAUCGGCAUAUAGAUUGUGCUCAAAUUUAUGGCAAUGAAAAAGAGAUUGGUGAUGCCUUGAAAAAGUUGUUUGCUAAUGGAGUAGUUAAGCGUGAAGAGUUGUGGAUCACAUCCAAGCUAUGGUGUACGGAUCACUUGCCAGAAGACGUUCCUAAGGCAUUUGAUAGAACCUUAUGUGAUUUGCAGCUCGACUACCUUGAUCUCUACCUUAUUCACUGGCCAGUCAGCAUGAAAAACGGACGUCUUACCAAACCUGACAUACCAAGCACAUGGAAAGCAAUGGAAGCACUCUAUGAUUCGGGAAAGGCUCGAGCUAUAGGAGUCAGCAAUUUCUCUGUAAAGAAGCUUCAGGGUCUUUUGGAUGUUGCGCGUGUUCCUCCAGCUGUUAACCAAGUGGAAUUGCAUCCUUCGUUGCAGCAGCCAAAUUUACAUGCUUUCUGUAAAUCCAAAGGAGUGCAUUUAUCUGGUUAUUCUCCACUAGGUAAAGGAGUUGAGAGUAAUAUUCUUAAAAAUCCAGUUCUGCACACGACGGCCGAGAAGUUAGGGAAGACUCCGGCCCAAAUAGCCCUCAGAUGGGGACUACAGAUGGGUCACAGUAUACUUCCAAAGAGCACAAAUACUGCACGGAUCAAAGAAAACAUCGAUCUGUUUGACUGGUCUAUUCCAGAAGAUUUGCUAGUCAACUUCAACAAAUUUGAGCAGGAAAGAAUAGUUCCUGCAGAACAAUUUGUUAGCCAGGCAUCUCCUGGGUACAAAACCAUUGAAGAACUUUGGGAUGACUGGAGUUCCAAGAUGAAGAAUCAAUCUCCAAGAUGAAGAAUCAAUCGUUGGAGUUGGUCUAAGGGCUCGUUUGUUUUUUAAAUGAUUUUUAUAGUGUAUCAUAAUUUUGUGUAAAAAAAAUUUAUAAGUUUUUUAUUUAUAAAAGUUUCAAAUAAAAAUUUGGUUUGAAUA